CUGGAAGAGAUGAGCUCCGGCAUGGCUGGCGCCAACAAGGAGCAAUUCACUGGCAUGAAGCGGAACAAGAUGAGCUUCCGCGAGGACGGCCCCGCAGUGCGGCGUGCCUCUGGACCGGCAGACACCAGCCCCAAAGGUACACGGGUGCACAGCCGCCACAGGAGCGGUGCUGCAGCCAAUCUUGGCGCCGAGCGGGAGAGACCCAGCACGGGGACCGUCUGCGACCAGCUGUCUGCGUGUGGGGCUGGGCACUGGGAUGACACUUUGCAUCUGCCACCUCAUUCCCCCCGCGAGGCAGAAGCAGAGUGUGACCUGCUUUUCCUUUGCCCUCCAGAGCGAGUUGCUGUCUGGGAUGCUGUGGCUGCCUAUGUCCAAGAGCAUCUCCUGGUGCAGAAGGGCGUCUGGAUUCCCACCUUCGGCUCCUUUGACACCGUCUCCAAAGAGAUCAGGACUGAGGAUGGGACCGUGACUCUGAGGUGGCCCGUGUUUCAGCUGGCCAAGAACCUCAUCGCCAUGCACCACCUCAAGCCCGACAAGGAAUCCCUGACAGCCCACAAGGAGGUGGAGCCCCUGAAAUACAGCGAGGUGGCCGCAGCUGCCGCUGUGAGCUGGCAGAGAGGGAAGGCCUGCAUCCAAAACACCGUGGGCCUGCUCUCCAGCUGCCUGCAGAAUGGGGAGAGCGUUGCCUUUGUCCUGAAGGACGUAGGAGUGCUCCUCAUUGACGGAUUCACCUUUCAAAUGAAAUUCUACUACGACUUCCUGGAGAAGCUGUCUGGGAAAGCGAAAUUCAGAAAAGUGGUUUUCAAGGCCCCCUGGCUGCUGGACAUGGUGGUGUCCCGGGUGGCACC